CCCCGCUUCCCCUUCCCCCUCCCCGCACACCGCCUGCCGCGGCUUCCCCCUAUCGCGAUAGUCGCCGGCGGCGCGGGGGGGGGGGCCGCCAUGUCGAGCAGCGGUCGCAGCCCUUUGCCGACCGUCAACGAGAGGGACGCGGAACAGCCGGGCGCCGCGGAGGGCAAGGGCGGCGGCAAGGCCAGCAUGCUGCGGGGCCGCAACGCCGGCACGGCCGCCGAGGAGCAGCCGCACAUCGGCAACUACCGGCUCCUCAAAACCAUCGGCAAGGGCAACUUCGCCAAGGUCAAGCUGGCGCGGCACGUCCUGACCGGCAAGGAGGUGGCCGUGAAGAUCAUUGACAAGACGCAGCUCAACUCCUCCAGCCUGCAGAAGCUCUUCAGGGAAGUGCGAAUAAUGAAAGUCCUGAACCACCCCAACAUAGUGAAGCUCUUCGAGGUGAUCGAGACGGAGAAGACGCUUUACCUGGUGAUGGAGUACGCCAGCGGGGGUGAGGUGUUCGAUUACCUGGUGGCCCACGGGCGCAUGAAGGAGAAGGAGGCGCGGGCGAAGUUCCGACAGAUAGUGUCGGCCGUGCAGUACUGCCACCAGAAGUUCAUCGUGCACAGGGACCUGAAGGCCGAGAACCUGCUGCUGGACGCCGACAUGAACAUCAAAAUCGCCGAUUUCGGGUUCAGCAACGAGUUCACCUUCGGGAACAAGCUGGACACGUUCUGCGGCUCCCCGCCCUACGCCGCCCCCGAGCUCUUCCAGGGCAAGAAGUACGACGGGCCCGAGGUGGACGUCUGGAGCCUGGGGGUCAUCCUCUACACGCUGGUCAGCGGCUCGCUGCCCUUCGACGGGCAGAACCUCAAGGAGCUGCGGGAGCGGGUGCUGCGGGGGAAGUACCGGAUCCCCUUUUACAUGUCCACGGACUGUGAGAACCUGCUCAAGAAAUUCCUCAUCCUCAACCCCACCAAGAGGGGCACCCUGGAGCAAAUCAUGAAGGAUCGCUGGAUGAACGUGGGCCACGAGGACGACGAGCUGAAACCCUACAUGGAGCCCGUGCCCGACUACAAGGACCCCCGCAGGACAGAGCUGAUGGUGUCCAUGGGAUACACGCGGGAGGAGAUCCAGGAGUCGCUGGUGGGGCAGAAGUACAACGAGGUGAUGGCCACGUACCUGCUGCUGGACCACAGGGGCUCCGAGCUGGAGGAGAACCUGUCCCUGAAGCCGCGGGUGGCCCCGGAGGUGGCCAACAGCUCGGGGCCCUCCCCUGCCCACAAGGUGCAGCGCAGCGUCUCGGCCAACCCCAAACGGCGUGUGAGCGACCAGGCCGGGCUCUCCAUCCCCACCUCGGCCUCGUACUCCAAGAAGACGCAGGCGGCCAACGCGGAGAACAAGCGAGGAGGAGGAGGAGGAGGAGGAGCAGGGGAGGAGGAGGGCGGGGGGCGCCGGGCCGGCAGCACUGCCAAGGUGCCCCCCAGCCCCCUGCCCGGCCUGGAGCGCUCCAAGGGCACCCCCUCCCCCUCCACGAACAGCGUCCUGUCCACGGGCACCACGCGCAGCCGCAACUCGCCGCUGCUGGACCGCGCCAGCCUGGGCCAGAGCUCCCUGCAGAACGGCAAGGACGGCAGCGCCCCCCCCCGGGUGCCGGCGGCGUCGCCC